GGCUGUCCGUCAGGCGGGUCGUGCCGCUGCGGCUUCGCUUGGGCUCGCCCGCCGGCGCCCCGGCCUCUGAGUCUCCAUGGCAGCCGCGGCAGCCAGGGCAGCUACCGGCGUCUCAUCAACAACUUCGAAGAGGUCCUGAGGCGGCGGCUGCGGGGUCGCUUCAGCUCUGCCUGGUUGUCCCCGUCUCUCAAGAACGGAGUACUAGCGUCCACCCAAAGAAAACUAUCACCAGUAACUGAAGUACUUCCUUUAUCUUCUACUUAUUCACAGGUCCUUUUUUCCAUUGUACUGAUUGCCCUUUUCCCGCUUGUUGGAGAAGAACUAUGAAGAGCCGCUCCUCAACUCCCCCUUUGCACGUCCAUGUGGAUGAAAAUACCCCUGUCCAUGUCCAUAUUAAAAAGGGUCAGAAAACACCACCACCGGCAAAACCCCAGCAAAAGCACAAGCAGAAAAUGAAAGGGGAUACCGUGAAUGUGCGCCGCAGUGUCCGAGUAAAAACCAAAGUCCCCUGGAUGCCCCCAGGCAAAACAUCCAUCAGAGAGUCAUCUUACAAGUGGGAGGGACCAACACAUCGCCUGGAAAUCACUCCUCCGGAUUCGGAUAAGUUACUGUCAGUGCUCCGCUUGAGUGACCUUUCAACAGAAGAGGAAGACGCCCUUCAUGGCAAGAUGAACAAGUAUGAGAAGAAGAUAGACAGCUUGCUGAACGUGGUGGGCACGUUAAAAAAUGAGGUCAAAAUACCCAAGCGGGAAGAGUCGCGAUGCGUGGCCAAACGUCUACUCGAAGAGCAGAAGGAAGAGCUGGAAGAAGUCACUCAGGAACUGGUAGAGACGGAACAUGAAAACACCAUUCUCCGGCGCAAUAUUGAACGUAUGAAAGAGGAGAAAGAUCUUUCCGUCCUGCAGAAGCGGCACUUGCAGCACGAGAAAGAGGGUCUGAUGACCAAGCUCGGGGAGGCAGAGAUGGACGGAGCGGCAGCCGCAAAGCAGAUCCAAGCCCUGAAGGAUGCGAUCAACAAGCUGAAAACCGAGAAGCACAUGACUGUUUCCGACAUCAACACGCUUACCAGGCAGAAAGAGCUGUUGUUGCAGAAGCUGAACACUUUUGAGGAGACGAACCGGACGCUCCGAGACCUGCUUAGAGAGCAGCACAGUCGGGAGAAAGAUUCUCAGAAGUUGGCGGAACAACAGGCCAUGCUGAUGAAGAGGCUGACCGAUUCCGAUGCAGAGAAAGCGCAAUUGUUAAAGAAGCUGCAGGAGAAAGAAAAGGAAGUGGAGGAUCUCAUGGUCCAGAUACAGACAGAAAAGGACCAAGCAAAGACAGCAUCUGAACUCGCCAAAUCUAUGGAAGCUGUGAGGGGCCAUUUGCAAGCUCAGCUGCGCAACAAGGAAGCCGAGAAUAACCGCCUGAAUAUCCAGAUCAAGAAUCUGGAGCGUGCUGGGUCUCAACACAAGGCAGAGGUGGAGCAUAUCAUGGAACAGCUGAAGGAGAUGAAAGACAAAGUGGACCGUGAAAAAGAGGUGCUGAAGAACGCCAUCCGUGCUCAGAAAGAUCGAGCGGAGAGGAGUGAAGAAUAUGCAGAACAGCUGAACGCCCAGCUGGCGGAAAAGGACAACUACGUGACUGAGGCGCUGUCCACCCUGGAAUCUUGGAGAAGCCGCUACAACCAAGUUGUCAAAGAGAAAAGUGAUCUGGAGAUUGAGAUAGUCAUGUUGAACAGCCGAAUUACAGACCUUCUCGACCAGCAGAAUAGUAUAGAAGGCAAGAUGCGGGAAGACAGAGAUUCCAUGGUGGACAAACUGCAUCGGCAGGUCACGGAGAGCACCUCUUUCAAGCUGGAGAAUGAGAGGCUGAAGAAUAGCAUGAUUCCUCUGGAGGAGAAGCUGAAUAAAGCGCAGCUGGAAGUGGCCCAGCUCAAAUCGUCACUCAAGAACUAUGAAGGGCUGAUUGAAACCUACAAGAAUCAGGUAUUGAAAACCCGAAUGGAAGCCGAUGAGGUGACGGUGAAACUGGAGCUCUGUGACAAAGAGAACAAAUCACUUAAAGAAGAAAUGAGCAAAGAGAUUGAAAAUGCUCGUAAGCAGUUCCAGAGUCAGGUUGCCGAGUUGGAAAAGCUUCCCGACAUCCUGAGGAUCACGGAGACCAAACUGGCCGAGUGUCAGGAUCAGCUUAAGAGUUAUGAGAAGAAGAACAUGGACCUGUCGGCCAUGAUUACGGAUCUCCGUCAGCGGAUUGAACUCCAGGGAGACAAGAUGGAGAUGACGAGAGAGAAGUAUCAGUCAGCCCAGGAGGAGAACAAGCACCUGAGCCUCAAGCUGGAGGAACUGGAAAGGAGGCUCGAAGCGACAAGUGCUCAGAACAUAGAAUUCCUCCAGGUCAUUGCCAAAAGGGAGGAGUCGAUCCAUCAGUCCCAGCUGAGAUUAGAGGAGAAAACCCGGGAGUGUGGUUCCUUGGCACGCCAGCUGGAGAUGGCCAUUGAUGAUGCGAAGAGGCAGCUGGAACAAACGAAGGACCGAGCGGUUUCGAGAGAGAGAGUGGCCCAGUCCAAGAUGCUGGAUUUGGAGACCCAGCUGAGCCGGACGAAGACGGAGCUGAAUCAGCUGCGGAGGGGCAAAGAGGAUGCGGAACAUCGAUACGAAAGCCGCCUCCAGGACCUGAAGGACCGCUUGGAACAGUCAGAGAGCACCAAUCGCAGCAUGCACAACUACGUCCAGUUCCUCAAGUCCUCCUACGCCAGCGUCUUUGGAGACAGUGCCUUGACAAGCUCCCCAAUCCGUCCCCGAUCGCCCCUCUGAUGCGAAUGUUUCCCCGCCUGCUCCCCCCCCCCGCAGCCGAAACCCUGUUGCUACAAGCCCAAGUACAGAACCUGGGGAGAUCUACUUUAAAGCCAUAUCUUGUUUACAAAAAUGGACAAAUAUUUUUGGAGUCUGGGUAGAUCAGGGUCUUUACUGGGCUGUUUGUGCAAGAUACACCCCUUGUACUUAGGACAGAGGCAUAAUGGGACGAGGACGUCAAGGGCUGCACCACUUCGGAAGCCAUAUGAAAACCAGCACAUGUGGGGGGACUUACACACACACACACGUGCACACACACACAACCCCCCCCCAGUCUCCUAGUGCCUUAACACCAAUUACUUCUCUUACACGUAACUUGGGGGAUUUUAAUCAUCUUGUAUCUUCGCCGAUGUUUUAUGGCUGCUUUUGUCAGGAUUCCUUAAACUUCCAAAAUCACGUUUACCAGAUGCAGAACAAAUGGGAUGCUUGUGAUCAGCUAUCCACAGAACUGUGAACCCAGCCUUCAAAGCUGUGUCUUCGAGUGG